UUGAUUUCAUAAUAAUAGAGUGAAAACCGAACGAAAAAGCAAUUUGUUACUUGCAAAAAUUUGUGUUUCGUAUUUUUUGUGGUCAUUUUGUGCAAUGCAAUAAAAAGAAUUUGCCAUUUAUGCUUUUUAAUUAAGUGUUUUCAUACAAGUGCUGGAACAAUAAGGAUUAUAAGAAAAUUUAAAGCAUUUCAUCACAUGUUGACUUGAUUCAACAUUUGACAUAAAAUACAAACUGAAGUCAGAUUUGAAGAAAGAUGCAAGUUCAAGAGCUAUUUCAAUACACCGCAUAAGAAAAAGCGUUCAAUAUAAGUUUUCAACAGCAUUGGGGUGGUCGACCACCUCAGGAAACUGACCUUCUGGCCACAAUGAGCAUGUUCGAUCAAAUCAAAACUGAACCUCUUCAUUUUUAUCAAUCGUCAUGUCCUCAACAACUAUCAGCUCAAAUCACGCCACAGCAAAUUCAUCAAGCAACAGCAGCAGUAUUGCAACAAAAUCUUAUUCAAAAUCAUCAGCAUGCGACUGUUAUCACUUUGAAUGAUGAGAAAAAUAAUGUUCAAGCAAACAACACCGACGUUAUUAUCCCGACACUCGUCGAUCACAUCAAACCAGAGAUAAUAAAUAUAACAUCGCAACCGAACAUGCAUCAAACACACGCUUCAAGUGGAAUGACUCAUACAAUUUCAUCUUCAAGAGCCAGUAAACCUCAAGCUUGUAAGGUUUGUGGGAAAGUUCUAUCAUCUGCAAGCAGCUAUUACGUUCACAUGAAGCUUCAUUCUGGAAUGAAACCAUUUCAAUGUUCAGUCUGUGAUGCUGCUUUUUGUCGGAAGCCUUAUUUGGAAGUUCAUAUGAGAACACAUACAGGAGAGCGACCAUUUGGAUGCGAUAUUUGUUUGAAGCGUUUUAGUCAGAAAUCAUCUUUAAAUACACAUAAACGAAUUCAUACAGAUACAAUCCAAGAUCGUCCUUUUCAAUGUAGCCAAUGCCCUUCAGCUUUUUCACGGAAACCUUACCUUGAUAUUCACAUGAGAACGCACACUGGAGAACGGCCAUUUCAAUGUGGAAUUUGUUUGAAGAGAUUCAGUCAGAAGUCGUCACUAAACAUACAUAAAACAAUUCACUCGGCGGGUCAUCGUCCAUUUCAAUGUACUCAAUGCCCAGCAGCUUUCUGUCGUAAGCCAUACUUGGAUAUUCAUUUGCGGACGCACACAGGAGAACGACCUUUUGAGUGUGAUUUGUGCCUCAAGAAAUUCUCUCAAAGAUCAACAUUAAAUAUUCACAAAAGGAUUCAUACAGUACAAGGACGACCUUUCCAGUGCACAGAAUGCCCAGCAGCAUUUUGUCGCAAGCCUUAUCUUGAUAUUCACAACAGAAUUCACACAGGGGAGAAACCUUUUGUUUGCGAAGUUUGCUGCAAAAGAUUCACUCAAAAGUCAUCUCUUAAUAUUCAUAAUCGAAUUCAUACAGGAGUCAAACCUUAUGCUUGCGAUAUUUGUUCGAAAACAUUCUCAGUGAAAAGUUAUGUAACAGCUCAUCGAUGGUCGCAUGUGUCGGAGAAGCCUUUAAGCUGUGAAAGAUGUUCAAUGACAUUCACGAGUAAAAGUCAAUUUGCAAUUCACAUUCGAACUCAUUCUGCAGGUCAGAACUUUGAAUGUAAUUUAUGUGGAAGGACUUUUAUUCGUGAUAGUUAUCUGAUAAGGCAUCACAAUCGAGUGCACAGGGAUCGAGUACAAACUUCAAGUAUAAAUGCAACGAUAAAUGCUGUUGUGGCACAAGCGGCUGGUGUAAGUUCACCAAAUGAUGUCUUUGAUAGCAAUGGACAAAUAGGUGAUUUGAGCCGCUAUGUAUCAAGUCUUGCAACAUCAGCGGUUCGCCAACAAAAUCGAAUUAUUCAAAGAAAUCUUCAACAGCAGCCAUCAAUAAUUAUUCCUACUCAAUUAACCCAAGCCAUUGAUAGUAAAGAAAAUGUACAAGCGCAAAUCCAUAGCGUCAUUCUAAGUAAAAGUGGUCCAUGAAAUGUCAACAUAUCUUAUCCUCCCGUCACUGUUGAUACUUAUUUGGUGAGAAAAUCAUGAAUCACAAGGAAAGAUGAGAAAUUUUUCGAAAAUAAAUCAUUUGAUAAACUGAAUGAUUUGCUUUCGGACACUUCCUGACACAUCGUAGAUGAUAAUGAAUUAAAAUGACUAUCAAGCACCGCGCAAUUUAUUAUUCAACGCAAAUUUAGUGAACCUCUAGUCAUUAAAAGAAAUUAAUAUUAAUAACUUUAUAUUUUCCAGAACUUUUCUAAAUGCGCACAAGCAAAAAACUUUUUUCCUUUAUUUCAGUUUAGUUUUAAUUAAAUUUCGUGAUGAUAAGAAAUCAUUUUGAAUGAUGUAAAGCUGGUUAAAAUAUAUUUCUAUGAAACCUCAUUUAUUCUUUAAAGAUCUCACUGUUACCAAUCGUUCUGUUGCCAUGAAAAAGGCCAUCAAAGGAAAGAAAAACUAUUUUAACUUUUAAAAAUCUACGAAGCCAUAAAAUGCACAAUAAAUAAAGUAAGUGCAAAACAUUUAUAAAACAAGACUAAUGAGAUAAAUAAAUAAAUAAUGUCGUAGUUUGCAAUGUAGAAAGUCUUAUCUAGAAAUGACAAGAGAAAUUAAUGAAACGAUCCUUUCUGUAACAAUUAUCUAAUAAUAAUAAAAACUGAAAAACUUUUGGAAAUAAAAA